AUGAUUGCCUGGGUACACACAUUAGGCGUUGCUGCAUUGACACUGACACUGGCAGCACAAGGGGCACCUGCUCCAGUUGCAGAAGUCAGUUUAGAGGACAUCUUCACUAUUCCCGACUUGAUAUCCGGUGUUGCCGAUUCCAUCAGUAGCGUAAUUGACGGCGGCUCUAAGGUUCCUAGUAUUUUCAAGGAAAACCCAGAGUUGUUCAAACUCCAUGCAGAUUUGGUGAAAAUCGAAUCAAUCAGUGGCAACGAGUAUGGAGUCUCUCGUUAUCUGAGAAAGUACCUUAGUGACUUGAACCUCGGUUUCGAAUUGAAUGUUGACGAAUCUCGGAGAAACAUCUAUGCCUUUUCCGGCACUGAAAACUCGUCUGUCUUGUUGACGUCCCAUAUAGAUACCGUUCCGCCGUAUAUUCAUUACUCUAUUGCUCAGGACGAAAAUGGCGAGACUAGGAUCUAUGGACGUGGUUCAUGUGAUGCCAAAGGCUCUGUUGCUGCACAAAUCAUUGCAGCAAAGGAGCUCGUUGAAGAUGGAUUGGUCAAGCCGGAAGAGUUAGGAUUGUUAUAUGUAUUUCAAGAAGAAGUUGGUGGUGCAGGCAUGCUUUUGGCCAAUGACUAUUUUAAUAAUAAUUCAAUCACUUGGGAUGCUGUUAUUUUUGGAGAACCGACUGAAAAUAAACUGGCAACAGGCCAUAAAGGUAUAUAUCUUGCAGACAUCGAAGUCAAGGGUAAGGCGAGCCACUCAGGAUACCCUGAAGUUGGUAUUGAUGCAAACAAAAUCCUCAUUGAAAUUAUGCAUGAAAUCGAGAGUUACCCUUGGCCAACCUCUGAAAUCUUGAACACAACAACGGUAAAUAUCGGACUAUUCCAAGGUGGCACGGCCGGUAAUGUUGUUUCGCCCCAUGCUUCAUGCAAGGUGCUUAUGAGGACCCCGGUGGACUCGGACUUGAUUGCGCCUGUGGUUGCCCAAAUUGUAGAGAAACACCUUCCUGAGGCACUGGAAAUUCAGUUCAAUGUGGAAGUUACUGAUGAUCCUACAUUCUUGGACUACCAAGUUCCUGGUUUCGAUACAUACAUUGCAUCGUAUGCUACUGAUAUUCCAAAACUCGACCACAAGAACUUUACUAGAUAUCUCUAUGGACCGGGCACAAUCUUAGUAGCACAUGGUGAUGACGAGUAUGUCACAGCAGAGAGUCUCUUACAGGCAGUCGAUGACUACAAAAAGUUGGUUCUUUUUUCGUUAGGUAGGUAA